GUGCCCGUACCCAAGUUACUCCCACCACUUACUUUGUAACAAUCCAUCAUUCUCGCUGUCGCCAACUUCUGCUCGCCCUUCUGUCGUUGGCUCUGACCUCAAUCCCCUCCUGCGGCUCCUCCACAAGUAUCACACAAACGGCAGUGUCUACUUCAAUAUCAUUCUUUACCCCAUCCAAGUCCAAAUGUUACCUAUCCUAAACAGUUCACUCUCAAUUCCCACCUCGAACGCGAUCCCUCGCACGACUUUCAUACUCCCAGACCGAAAUCACGGCCCUUGUCCUAACUAGACCCAUUGAUACUGUCUUCACUACUCCUCCGCAUACCUUACAGCGAGCGCAUGCAACCUGCAAACAUCACUCAUACCCACCAGGCCAUCCUGUCCUCCUUUUCGGAACCAUUUAUUUUUGUUGCAACAGUCGCCACUCUCACUACUUAGACACUGCCCCCUGCAGUACAGACUUCGGCCCAUUUUGCUCCAUCGACAACAAGAACGGUGCUCUUGCGGGUGGCCAUGCCCCCCCGGUAGGCAGUCCGUGUCUCUCCAACCCAAAUGACACGCCCAGCUUAUACACAAUAAUUGAGGCUGUUCGUUGCCUGAAACAUCCAGCCUCCCACACGGACGAGUCGCAGACGAGGUCAACAUGUCUAGGCCCUCUUCGCGUUGUGCCUCCCAAGAACCUACAGGCGUGCCUGCUCCUUCGACGCCACCACAACCCGAGUCUCAAGAGCCUGCAAGCAUUGAUCGUUCAACACCACAACCUCCUCAGCAGCCUCCAAGAUGGAUCUCCAUAGCUCCUGCUCAGUCUCCGGUCAGCAUCUUCACAGGAAGGCCCCGCGAGCCCCAAUCUCCAAUUCAACCCCCCCGACCGGGGCAAUCUGAUGACGGCCCUUCUCUCGCAAGUCCAGGUUCUAUCAAUCGUGUCUUUCCUAUCCGUUCUGCCGUUUCUAUCGAUCCAGCCGCCACUCCUAUGCCACAAAGCGAGACUUCGGCUGGCUUCCCAGGGUUCGCGUCCGCCUCCAACAGACGGUCUAGUAGAGCAAGUCUCCCAGGUCGCCUCCCUCGCUUCGACUCUGUCCGGAAGGCCGACUCUGAUGUCUCUGACACCGAUACCAGCGACACCAUUCGCUCCAUUCAUACCUCUUCUGCCACAGAGGUACAGCCCCCACAUCUUUUGAUGCCUCGCCCACCCUACAAGGACGACGAUUCUGUCAGGUCAGACGAUGGCUCCAGUGUCUCUGGAGGCGUCCCUCUCUCCAACUCCAAAGACGUUCAGCUUGUAACCGCUCGCUUUAAACAUGUCGUCACCGAUUCAGGUCACGCUGUUAUUACAGGCCGCGACGGUGAGACCCUUCAACGCUGUGAGGACGAACCCAUUCACAUUCCUGGCGCUGUUCAAAGUUUCGGCUUGCUCAUUGCUUUACGUGAUGAGGAUGAUAAAUUGGUUGUCCGUGUCGCCAGCGAGAAUUCCGCCCGCAUCAUUGGCUACGCUCCAGAUCAGCUCUUCAAGCUCAGCAGUUUCUUGGAUAUAUUCACCGAAGAACAGGCCGACAAUCUGAUGGACCACUACGACUUUAUCCGAGAUCAAGAGCCUCGUGAUGUCGAAGCCAACGGACCUGAAGUCUUCAUGGUCUCCUUGAGGCCUCCAGGGUCCCGAGUCCGGAAAUUAUGGUGCGCCAUGCAUCUGACAGAAAGCGAUCCCUCCUUAAUCAUAUGUGAAUUUGAGAUUGAAGACGACAAGUUGAAUCCCUUGAUCUCUCAACUCGACGCCAUGACGCCAGAAAUCCCCGAGGAUACUUUGAGCAGCAAUCCAACCACCGAAGAGUUCAUUGACAGCACUGUCAACAUCAGUAAACCUUUGCGAGUCCUUCGAAGUGCCCGCAAGAAACGAACCGAGGCCGCUGCCAUGGAAGUCUUCAACAUCAUGUCUCAAGUUCAAGACCAGCUUUCGAACGCUCCAACCUUGUCCGUCUUCUUGAAAGUUCUCAUUGGAAUCGUCAAGGAGUUGACUGGUUUCCAUCGAGUCAUGAUCUACCAAUUUGAUCAAGCCUGGAAUGGCCGCGUUGUCGCUGAAUUGGUCGAUCCUCGAGCAACCACAGACUUGUACAAGGGCUUGAACUUUCCUGCCUCUGAUAUCCCCAAGCAAGCAAGAGACCUGUACAAGGUCAACAAGGUGCGCCUUUUGUACGACCGAGAUCUCGAAACCUCUCGUUUGGUCUGUCGAACCAUGGAAGACCUGGAAAAGCCACUCGAUAUGACACACGCAAACCUCCGGGCAAUGUCGCCCAUCCAUCUGAAAUACCUCGCAAACAUGGCUGUCCGGUCAUCCAUGUCAAUCUCCAUCAACGGCUUUGGUGAACUCUGGGGCUUGAUCGCCUGCCAUUCGUACGGUCCUCGAGGCAUGCGUGUCUCAUUUCCCAUUCGCAAAAUGUGUCGACUAGUGGGAGACACGGCCUCCAGAAAUAUCGAGAGGCUAUCAUAUGCUUCUCGCCUCCAAGCUCGAAAGCUGAUAAAUACCACCUCAUCAACGACAAACCCUUCAGGCUACAUAGUUGCUUCCUCGGAGGAUCUGCUCAAGCUUUUCAGUGCCGAAGUUGGAGCACUAUCUAUUCGCGAUGAAACCAAGAUCAUGGGAAAUCCACGUGGCCAUCUGCCCGAGAUUCUAGCCAUGGUAGAGUAUCUCCGAAUGCGAAAGAUGUCGUCGGUGUUUUCAUCACAAGAUAUUAUGACCGACUUUCCCGACCUGCGAUACGAACCCGGUUUGAAAUACGUUGCCGGUGUUCUUUUCGUCCCCCUUUCUACAGGCGGUAAUGACUUCAUCGCCUUUUUCCGCUCUGGGGUUCUGCAAGAGGUCAAAUGGGCUGGUAAUCCCUACGACAAAUUCAUCAAAGAGGGAACCGAAGGCUACCUUGAACCUCGAACGAGUUUCAAAGCCUGGACGGAAACCAUUGUUGGACGCUGUCGAGAUUGGACCGAUGAUGAAAUCGAGACAGCCGCCGUUCUAUGUCUGGUCUAUGGCAAAUUCAUUGAUGUAUGGCGACAGAAAGAAGCAGCACUGCAAACAAGUCAGUUGACUCGUUUGCUCUUGGCCAACUCUGCUCACGAAGUGCGGACUCCGUUGAAUGCUAUCAUCAAUUAUCUGGAAAUCGCCAUGGAAGGCGCUUUGGACCACGAAACAAGAGAAAACCUAGCCAAAUCACACUCAGCCUCAAAAUCCCUGGUGUACGUGAUCAACGAUCUCCUCGAUCUUACCAAGGCAGAAGGUGGCCAAACUCUGGUCAAAUCGGAAUCCUUCGACCUCCUCAAUACCCUCAAGGAAGCCACAGACCCAUUCUAUGGAGACGCCAAAAGAAAGAAUCUCGCUUAUCAUGUCAAAAUUGUGCCGGAUCUGCCACAACAUGUUAUCGGAGACCAUCGAAGGGUGAGGCAAGUCGUUUCAAAUCUAAUAGCAAACGCCUUCCAGCACACGCUGGUAGGAAACGUGAGUGUAGGAGCCAAGAUUUCGGAUUCCCCCCAAAUCCAGGGGAAAACCGAGAUCGAGGUAGCAGUGGAAGAUACCGGCAAAGGCAUGCCACAAGCAAAGAUCGACGCUCUAUUCCGAGAGCUCGAGGAAGUUUCGUACGAGGAGGAUCUUCCCCAGCAGAAAGCGGUAACCUCAGAUGCUUUCUCCUCUGAGAAAGGAGAUGAGCCGUCCCACCUGGGUCUAGGCCUCGCUGUGGUUGCUCGAACAAUUCGCCACAUGAAUGGCCAGUUACGUGUGAAGACCGAGGAGGGCAAAGGCUCGACAUUCACCAUGUUGUUGACGUUUGACGUAUCAGGUUUAGAUCAAAAUCAACUCACCAAGGAGCCUACCCCCCCUGGCGGAAGGAGUCAGGCAAUCUCGCCGACUUCGUCAGGAGAAGUCACGCUGAUUUACCGCACGACAAAAGGACGACCUGGACAGGCGCCGUCUAUCGCUCGAAGAGCAAGCGCAGAAAGCUCACAUAGCCUGGCCAGUCUCAAAAGUGGCAAGAGCACUACGAGCAUACUCAGUGAGACCAGUCAGAAAAGCGAUGCGGAUAGGUUGAUUGAUGCAAUCCAAGAACCUCUUCGAUUUUCAGAAGAAGGAUCCGGCGGCGUGUCUGACAGUACGACGAUCAAGAAACGUACAUCGGUGGGCUCGGGCUCGAACACGCCCACGUUGCCAUUGAGUCGCGACAUGUCUUCUCCGUCGGCCACCAAGACGCCUGUUACUUCGCCUCGCAGCCGGCAGUCGGCCUUCCAAAAGCUUCCAGGUCAGACUCCAAUUAGCGACUCUGGAAUGCCUCUGCGACCUGUUCGAGUCCCAGAUCAGUCUCUAGAGCAAAACGAAAGUGGAAUGAAGGGUCCAAGAGUGGUCUUUUCUCCCGAGCCUGACCUGAUAAGUCCUUUAUCGGACAUGGCCGACAAGGAUCGAUUUAUUUCAGGUGACAAAUUCUCAGUACUUGUUGCCGAGGACGAUCCCAUCAACAGUCGAAUCAUGAAGAAACGACUAGAAAAAUUGGGCCAUGCGGCUUACAUGACAGUCAACGGAGAAGAGUGCUCCUCUGCACAUGGUGAAGAACCGACCAAAUUUGACGCCAUCUUGAUGGAUUUGCAAAUGCCGAUUGUAGAUGGGUUCAGCUCGACCAAGAUGAUAAGAUCAACGGAAAAGGUGCGGCCGUCAUCAUGCCUCUCGAGCCGGGCAAAGCUCAACGGACGAAUUCCCAUAUUUGCCGUGUCAGCUUCUCUCGUGGAGGCGGAUCGUCAGAAGUAUAUCGACACUGGGUUCGAUGGGUGGAUUUUGAAGCCGGUGGAUUUCAAACGGGUGGAUCUCUUGCUGCGGGGCAUUGUAGAUGAAGACUGCCGCCGAUCGUGCGUGUACAAAAAUGGUACCUGGGAGUCUGGGGGUUGGUUUUCUGCCAAUUCAAGUGGAGAUAAGAUGCAGCAGCCAGACACGACCCCGAGCCAACAGAAACCGACGUUAGAAGGAGAGAAGCUUCACGAGCCAGGUACACAAGCUGCACCUGAUGUCACUGCGACCCUGGAGGAUCGGCAGACGAAUGUGUGAAGGGUGGGCCACGAGAAAUCCACCGACCAAUAUGUUUGGCUAGGAGGGCACCUGGCUAGGAGGGCACCUACGGGUUUGAUACACGUCUCAACGCAUGGAUGGGUGUUGAUUGCGUAUAAUUCGCGAGCAGGUUGGGGGUCGUUUGGAUCUCGCAUGGUUCGGGUUAUGGACGACGGCAGUGUCGUUGGGACGAGGUAGCCCUAAUAUGAGUUCUGGCGACGGCCACCUAUAUUGACGGAUUCUCUGUAACAGUACAUACAUGGAUAAUGACAUUGAUGUCCCCUAGAGAGUGUUGGGUUAAUGUUGGAUAAGUGGGGUUUUGACGGGCGUGGGAAAUACUUUUUAUUCAUAGU